AUGGCACCGCACGCUUCUUCAGAUAGAUCACAUGAGACGUCCACGGCAGACAGGACGAGUACGAAUGCAUCAACACAUAACGACUCUAAUGGAACCGAUAUAGUCCCAGUCAUCAUAGUAGGUGCUGGGCCAGUUGGCCUCCUCCUUGCUCUUCGCCUGGCUAUGAAUCAGAUUCACACCAUAGUCUUGGAAAAGGAAUCCUCACUUAGUCAACUGCCGCGUGCUAUAGGAUAUCACGGGCCGGUACAUGAUGUCUUCCAGGAGAUCGGACUUUACGACCAAAUUUCAACGGAGGGGAUGCCUUCAGGAGGCUAUGUGUGGCGCAAGCUCCCGACUGAUGUUGUUGAUGAGAAUGGCACAGUGGUAGGCAAGGAACUGGGCGCAAUUAUAGGGAAAAAUGAGAUGAGCAAGGCCGGUCCCGACGGAAAGUUCAAGCCAGGUCAUUAUUCCAUCCAGCUUGCUCAGUGUCGGCUCGCAGAAAUCUUCUUGGAGAAUGCGGAAAAGACUGGUUUUGUUAAAGUCCUCUGGGAACACGAAGUCACGGGCUUGUCACAAGACGAGAACCAAGUAUCAGUCACGGUAAAGACGGCGCGAGAGGGAAACAAGGUUCUUAAAGGUCAAUAUCUCGCCGCCUGCGACGGUGGUAGAUCUACAGUCCGUAAACUUCUUGGAAUUCGCCUCUCGGGUCAUUCCUGGCCCGAGCGCUUCCUAGCGACGGAUGUACUGCGUAUCGCACCAGUUGUCCCAGAGUUUUCCGUCCAUUUUACAGUUGACGAGACAUUCUGGGGUGUAGCGACGCCGCUGGAACACGUCGAGGCCGGAAAGAAAGGUCUUUGGAGAUAUAGCUUAGCAGUACCAGCAAAACCCAACGACGACCCUAAUAGUGCUCGUCUGACAGACGAGCAGGUUCUUGAGCCGGAUUAUGUCGAUUCACUCCUCUUACGUCAAAUUGAUGGACCUAGGCCGAGUAACCAUGUGGUAGUGCGCAAGAGCCUCUAUAAAAUGCAUCAGCUACUUGUCAGCACCAUGCAUCGUGGGCGGUGCUUUCUCGCGGGCGACUCAGCACAUAUCAAUAACCCGAUUGGCGGGUUGGGUUUAUGUACCGGUCUUCUAGACGGUGACGCAUUAGCUCAGACCCUCCAAAUUGCUCUUUCGACAUCAUCGUCUAAUCCAAAUCUGGAAGACUUGUUCAACCGCUACUCUACAGAGCGGAGAUGGGUCUUCCAGAAUGUCAUUCAUCCGUUCAGUAGCGCCAAUAAGACGCGCCUCCAUGGUGCCAAGGCAGACGAUAUGGCGAGGGAGGAUUGGUAUUUUAGGGCACUGGCUCGGGGGGAUCCUAAGGAACUCGAAAACAUCCAUCGGCCACUUUAUGCGCAAUGGAGGACGGACAUGCGGAAGUUCUGGCCUGCAGAGACGGCUAGUAAAGGGGCUAAAGUGGCCAAUGGAGUUGCUGCUUGA